GGCCAGCGACUGCUGAAGGAGGAACCCCCAGACGUCUGGCCUUCGUCGAACCGGGUCUUCUGGGUCCUUCGUCGGCUGCACAUCCUUCAAUUGGACACUGCGAGUGUUUUUUUUUGGGGGGAGGGGGGGUCUCGCUACAAGAAAACAGUCAUGAUCAUGGCUAAUGGCGGCAGCCGAUGAAUGGAUGAAUAUUUGCAUCGUUUGAAAGAACGCUAGCGUCCUACGAGGAGGAACUUUCUCGAACAGGAGAGGAAAAGGAGAAGACGUCCAGCAGAUGAUUUGUCAAGAAGAACACGCCCCUCAGCUGCAGGGCGGGACCUCCACUUGGAAGCAGGAAGAUCCACAUCCCCUCCACUUUAAAAAGGAGGAGGUGGACCCACAGCCCCCCCAGGUUAAAGAAGAAGAAGAAGAAGAAGAAGAGGAAGCACUCUGGAUCACCCAAGAGGGAGAGUUUCUUCCUGAUCUCGCCAAGUUACCACUGACUCCCAUCACUGGGAAGACCGAAGACCAUGAAGACAAACCACCAGAGUCCUCACAGCGUCAUCACAGUGAGGAGAACAGAGGGGCGGAGCCACAACACAUGACAACAGAAGCCGAUGGAGACCACCGUGGAGGAUCACAAGCAGACAACCUCUUAGCUCCGCUAUCAGAUAGCGACGACACGACGUCAUACUCCCUUGAAGCUGAAGACCAGGACAGCACCCAAGAACCCUUGAGCAGCGAUACAGACCGCGAAGAUGAUCUGAGGACUCACACCGACAACAAAGACUCUGAAUGCUCUAAAAAGAAGACGGGUAAAAAACCUUUGACCUGCUCAGUUUGUGAUAAAAGCUUUUCUUAUAUGAGCGAUUUUUCUCGACACAUGGCGACGCACACGGGAGAGAAACCUUUCAUAUGCUCGGUUUGCGGAAAAGGAUUUUUUCAAAGGUGUGAUUUGGCUCGACACAUGCGGACGCACACGGGAGAAAAACCUUACUGUUGUUCCGUUUGUGGCAAUGCGUUUUCCCAGAGGUCGGCUAUGACAACUCACAUGAGAACGCACACAGGAGAAAAACCCUUCAGUUGCUCCGUUUGCGGGGAAAAAUUUAUUCAAAGUACACAUUUGAUUGUACACAUGAAAAUGCACACUGGAGAAAAACCUUAUAGCUGUUCAAUUUGCGGCGCUAGGUUCUUCCGUCAAUCGCAUGUCGUAUCUCAUAAGAGGACGCACACGGGAGAGAAACCUUUUCGCUGUUUAAUUUGUCAUCAAGGAUUUUCUCAAAAGUCCAGUUUAAACAAACACACGAGAACGCACACGGGAGAAAAACCCUUUAGUUGCUCCGUUUGUGGCAAAAGAUUUGCUCGAAAGGAACAUAUGACGGUUCACGCGAAAGUCCACACGGGAGAAAAAGCGUUCAGUUGCUCCAUCUGUGGCGCUAGCUUCGUUCGAAAAUCGCAUGCGGUGUCACACAUGAGAACACACGCCGAAAAUAAAAACUCUUAGUUCAUGUCAUGAACACACGCUUGAGGACUCACACCAACAACUCUCACAUGCUCCUCGCAGCUACUCACCUUGCCCACCCACAUAGAAUGUGUUGUUUUUCUUUAAAUGCCUUUCACGCUAAGUAAUGUUUCAAACUAAUAACACAGUAAAUUGUAUGGUUAGCAAAUGCAAGUAAAUACUCUUUAUAUGUCAGGUUAGGUGGUAUUUUUGCUUUUUUGUGGUAAUGAGUUUUAUUAAGCAAUAUUUAUGUUGUACAUUUCACUCUUUUGACUCAUUUGUUGUAUAAUGUGCUUAAAAUGUUUAGUAUUUUUGGCUGUAAAAGGGUACAGUACCAUGUUUCCUUGUCUAAAGAGAUCUUGCUGAAUCCUACAAAAAGUACUGCAUAGUACUGCAUAGUUGUCAGGUUUAAACCCCAACACUUGUAAAAAAACACAGCCUGUACAAAGGAAGACACAGAGAGGUGAGUUUCUUUUUACUUGCAAGGAGAGUGAUGGAGACUGCACAGUUACAAUCCUCCUACCAACUCUGACAGUCCCCAUUUCUCCAUGCUAUUUAUUUAGUCAGGAACGCCCUAAUUACAUGAGAUUUCAACUGAUAAGGGGAUGGGGGGGUUUAACUAUUCCAGUUGAAACCGGUUCUUUCGUACAACAUGUUAUCCAUAGUGUGUGGGUAUCUCCUCCUUGGCAUGUGAUCUUCUGGAGACACUUACACACACACACACACACACUAAGGUCACAUCUACUCGUGACCCGUGCAGCUAUGUCCUCUUGAGGGUGUGAUAAAACUAUCUGCUGAGAGAAUGUUCUGUCACGUUCUGUUUUCUCUAAUCAUGAGGUACACCAAAUGUGCAAGCGUCACAGCAUUAAUCUUACUUUUGCCACGUGAGUGAUAUGAAAUGUUUGUAGGUCAUAAGAAAAUAGGUCAUAAGAAUAUAGUAAAAAUAGAAUAACUUUAUGUACAAUUCUUCCAACCAGACUGCACAGUUAUAAUCCUCCUUACCCACUCUGAGACAGUCUCCGCUCUCCGUGCUUUUUAUUCAGUUAGGAACACCCUAGUUACAUGAGAUUUCAACUGCUAAGGGGAAGGGUGCGGUUAACUAUUCCAGUUGAAACCGGUUCUUCUGUACAACAUGUUAUCCAUAGUGUGUGGGUAUCUCCUCCUUGGCAUGUGAUCUUCUGGAGACACUCACACACACACACAUAUACAUUCCGGGUCACAUGCAGCUAUUUCCUCUCCACGAGAGUGUGAUAAAAACUAUCUGCUGAGAGAAUGUUCUGUCACGUUCUGUUUUCACUAAUCAUGAUGUACACCAAAUGUGCAAGCGUCACAGCAUUAAUCUUACUUUUGCCACGUGAGUGAUAUGAAAUGUUUGUAGGUCAUAAGAAAAUAGGUCAUAAGAAUAUAGUAAAAAUAGAAUAACUUUAUGUACAAUUCUUCCAACAUAAUAUUAUGAGGAAAAAUACUGAAAUAUUGAAGAAAAAAUACAUUGCUUCUUUCAUCAUAAUAUUGACAGAAACAAAACAAAAUAUAGUUGUAAUUGUUUGAAAAUUAGGUUGGGGAAAAGGUUACAAUGUGAUGGGAAUAAAGACAAAUGAAGUAAAAAUAUGAGAAUAAAGUCAUAAUAUGACAAAAAAACAUUUACUUAGAUUUUUUUAAAGUCAAAAUAUGUCAUAAUUACAAGAAGAAAAUUCACAAGAGGAAAGUCGAAAGAGGUGGAAAAUAAAAUAAAAAAAAUCAGUAAUUUUAUGAGAAUAAAGUCAAAAUAUUAAGAGAAAAUGUCAUGUUGUGCAGACUAAGAAAUGAUAAUAUUAUGAUGAAAAAUACUGAAAUAUUGAAGAAAAAAUACAUUACUUUUUAUCAUAAUAUUAACAGAAACAAAACAAAAUAUAUAAAAAAUAAAAUAAUAAAAUCAAAUAAUAAAAUAAAAAUCAAAUAAAGUAAAAAUAUGAAAAUAAAGUCAGAAUACGACGAAAAGAACAUUGACUAAAAUUUUUUGAAGAGGAAAGAAAUAUUUGGAAAAAAACAGCAAAAGUGUUGGGACACUAUUGACACAGGUAAUCGUCUUCAUGUGUGCUUUCUAAAUAAACAAAAACACAAAGCAAUUGUGUCUUUGAAUGCAACCCCGCACAUGUUCUGCUACCUUAAACAUUUUCUACAUCUUGAUCAUAAAUGUGGUUUAUUUUAUUUCGGUGUUUACGUUAGUCACAUGACGCAUUACUUAAUGAUAUUUUUAUGGGAAAUAAACUAUUGACUAUUAUUGUUUUUUAAAGUAAUUUAUACAUAUAUAGUCAUAAUACAUACAACUUUUGACUGGUUAGAUG